ACUUCAAACGUCCCUGGCUGUGAUGAGGUUGGGGAAUGUUACAGCUUUAGCGGUUUUAACGAUGUACGAGCGUGGUAAGAUGCUGCUUUUUGAAGGUGGUGUAUGAGUGAACACUUCCAACUUACAGCAACUUGGACUGGACCGUGUAAAGCUGUGUGUAGCCGACCAUCAUUUAGCCAAAUAUUUAUCCCAUGCAAUCAUCCAUGCUUUUGUGGAGAGCUGUCCCAGCAGGGAUAUGUACCAGGGAGCAAUUAUGGAAGACCAACCUACCCAAUGGUCGUUUUAAAUAUCUUUCAAUUCCUGAAGUGUUGUGGUAUCGGUAUAGUUAGGUAGACAAGCGACUUGGUUCUUUGCUUCUUUGAUUCUUAAAAAAGCCUCAGAGUUUUAUUUGGUCAAGCUCGCGGACACUCUGGAUAAACCGUGUCAACCAAGCUGUGUAGCGGAGGUCGACAAACCGACCCCGUCCUCUAGUAGACGAACGCUGAUUGGUCACGUCGCCAUUGCUAUGACAACGCCAGUGGUAUUUGUCCUGUGUUGUAAUCUAUUGUGGAUUAGUUUCCAUGAUGAUAAAUCCAGGGUAGAAGGUCACGAAGACGCCGGAAAUACGACAAUGUUGUCCCUGAACAUUUCCAAACAACUUCCGGUCAGCGUUGCCGUUCUGGACGAACCGGAAAUGGUCCAUUCCGGAAAAGCGUCGGAAAUCCCAGACUCUUAUUUAUCGAAAAAUUCGCAGAGUCACCAGAAGAAUGACAGAGACAGAGCUGGGUCACAACUGUUGAAAGAAAAUUCCAGACAUGCACCUUUGACUCGAAUUAACGAAAACAGGGUGUCAGUGGGUAAACCGCUGGGGCAUUCUGGAAUCUCCGUUAGUAAGCAAGACAAGAGCUUUUCAACUCCUUCAGCAGUUGUUACCUCUAGCAGCAAUAAGCUGCAUUAUGUAGGAAACACAACCGAAAACCCCCCUCUGAUAUCUGAACGAGGCGAUAAACAUAACUUCCCCGAGAUGGGAGACGGUAAACAAAGCACCCAAGUUGGUGUUUUGAAGCCCACGAGCAAUGUCAUGCUCACUGGUCCGAAAAUGGGAUCUCGACUUGAGAGUAAUACCGAAACUCAAAAACUCGAACACAGCAAGAGCGUAAAUGACCGGGAACCGCGUAAAAUUAUCGCUAAUGCUGCUGUUGACAGUGCAGGUGCCAGCAGCGACGGUCCCCAUUCGUCUUUAGAUCAGAGAGCAUUAGAACCAAACGCACGAGUUUCCACAGAUUUCCGUGAGUUGUCUGGAGAAACAGAAGCAGAAAACCCUAACCAAAGCAAAACAACCAAAACACCCGCUGAAAUGAAUGAUGUAAAUAUGCAAAACAAUGGAUCAGCGUGGACUGAGUGGGGAGCAUGUACCGUGAGCUGUGGCACCGGAACACAGGAGAGGUCACGUGCGUGUGGAGCUAACUGUCAACAAGUGGAGUCCAGGGAGUGUUAUCUAGAUUCCUGUCACGGAAUUAUGAGAGGAGUGCAUUUUUCUGAUGUAAAGGUACAAGAAGAAUUUGAUUUCAAUGACCCAACACUGAGUCCUUCAGAAGUACCGAAACAAACAUAUUUAGAUACAGUAGAAACGGACGCCUGUGAAAUGUGGUCAACUUGUAAGGAUGAGUACCUCCAGAGAUACAUGACCCAUCUCUCCGAACUGGCCAACUGCCCUUGCUUCUACCCGUAUAACCUAGAGAACAACAACAACGUUUGGGACGACAACAGAAGACGCUAUUAUCAGUGGGUGGAGGUGAACUCAACAGAAGAGAAACUGAGCGUGUAUCGCCCAGGGGCCUACAAGUGUAUACGCUCCCUUCUCUUCCCGGGGGCCCCCACCCUGGCCGCCCAAGUGUGUUGUUACACGCACAACCUGCAGCUGGUGACCCGCGGGCGGAACGCCGGCACACCCAACCUGAUAAGUCCCCAGAUAUCCUGGGAGCUCCACUACAAGAUAGACAUACUUCCAUGGGUGAUCUGCAAGGGCGACUGGACCAGGUACAAUCAGGUUUUAUCUCCGAACAAUAUGCUAGGCUGUGCAGAGUUCCCGGACGAAGACCAGUUGCUCGAAGAGGUGCAAGAAGCAAGGGACUAUUAGUGUCAGGAAGAGCAUUUUUCUUUUUAUUUUAUAUACCCCAUCAUACUUUUUCAUAUUUAGACAUUCGUGUUUACGGAUAAUCUCCUGUACUGACAAAAGUGGAUUGCUUAGUGCCAGGGACAGGUGUUCACCGAGCUUACAGCCAUCAGAACUUGUCAUAGUGAAGGAGUGAAUAUGAUUCAUCGUCACAUCGGCUGGAUUGGAGCCGAUGUGAUAUGAAGAAUUAACAUGAUUUUGUAUUAGCAUAUAUUAUUUAGUUCGCUAAAUGACAUCCAUCUUGUACAAAAAUACCUAUAACUGACCAAGGUCAAGGUUAUAGUCCGUUUAUAAACCAUCAUCAUCAAUAGACAAUCAUUAAUGAAAAAUAUUUGCAAACUAUUCUUCAGCAAAUCAUAUGGCACGAGGAUCCACCAGGUUUGCAGACAGAAAUUCUAAAUUCUUCGUGGACUUCAAAGUAUAUUAUCUAAAUAUUUAAACAUAGUACUGUACUCUGGAAUAUUUUGUUAAAUAUUUUUGUUUUUGGUAGAACGUAUUUGCAAACCAUUUAAGAACCUUAUUUUAGGUCGUGGAUGUAGCCCUGUUAACCAUCAUAUGUUUAUGUGUACAAAAAUAAUGUUUGUCAGUAAUGAACGGCAAUAGAGUGUGGUAGCCACAAAUACUUUAAUCCGUUUUUUAAAAUAAUUUUUCAAAUCAAAAGUGACUCAAAACCAAUAUUGUUUUGAGCGCCAGAAACCACCAAAACUGGAAAUAAUGCAAUGGUCGUUCGACAGAGAUGAUUUCAUAGAUCUUAACUUAUUUCAAAUUAAUCCGCCGACAAGGAAAAGAAAAUCUUAUGACGUUACAUCAUGUGGUUUGAAUAUACCACUUUGACCUCCUUUAAAUGCUAUCUGCGGUGUAGUAAAUAAUCUUAAACAAAAAUAAAAGCAUGUUGGGGACAGUUUAACCUGAAUCUUCCAAUUUCAAUGACUUCGUCUCAUCGUUAAAGCCGAACAUUUGCACAAUUAUAGAAAACCUGAAAUGUUUCACAAAUUAAGGUAUAUACACUUUUCCUAGCCCGGACGGGUGUAGGAAAUAGGCACGGCUGAGGGCUUAAUGGUGUAUAACUUUAUUGACUAUUUUUUAUUGAAUUAUUUAUUUAUUUGAUUGGUGUUCAACGCCGUACUCAA